AUGUCCGCUCCCGCCGCCCCUGCCGGAGAGGUCAAGGAGGUCAAGCCUCAGGCCCCUGUCGCAGCCCCCGCCGACCAGGUGAAGCAGCAGAACAAGAAGGAGAAGAAAGAGAAGAAGGAGAAGAAGGGCGGUAUCUCUGAGCUGAGCCCCCCUCCCGAGUACUUCGAGGAGCGCAUCAAGAUCUUCGACGAGUACAUGGCCAAGUACCAGGACUUUGUUGCCAAGCAGCCCCGUGAGCCCAUCACCGUCACCCUCCCCGAUGGAAAGCAGAUCCAGGGCACUGCUUGGGAGACCACCCCGCUCGAGAUCGCCAAGGGCAUCUCGUCGUCGCUCGCUGACCGCACUGUCAUCGCCAAGGUCAACAACCAGCAGCUUUGGGACCUCACCCGCCCUCUCGAGGGAUCAUGUAACCUUGCCCUCCUCGACUUCGACUCGCCGGAAGGAGACUACGAGGCUCGUCAGGUCUUCUGGCACUCGUCCGCGCACGUCAUGGGUGAGGCUUGUGAGCGUUCGUUCGAGGGGUGCUGCCUUGGUUACGGUCCUCCCCUUCCCGAGGGUGGCUUCUUCUACGACAUGAGCCUUGGCAACGACAAGACCAUCGGCCAGGACGACUACAAGCAGAUUGAGGAGAUUUCGAAGAAGGCUGUCAAGGAGAAGCAGCCGUUCCAGCGUCUCGAGCUUCCCAAGGAGGUUCUCCUCCAGAUGUUCAAGUACAACAAGUACAAGCAGCACUACAUCAACGAGAAGGUCCCCGAUGGCACCUCGUCGACGGUCUACCGCUGUGGACCCCUCAUUGACCUGUGUCUUGGUCCCCACGUUCCCCACACUGGCCGUAUCAAGUCGCUUGCCGUCACCAAGAACUCGUCCUCGUACUUCCUUGGAGACGCCAAGAACGACUCGUUCCAGCGUGUCUACGGUAUGUCCUUCCCCGACUCGAAGCAGAUGACCGAGUGGAAGAAGCUCCAGGAGGAGGCUGCCAAGCGCGACCACCGCAAGAUCGCCAAGGACCAGGAGCUCUUCUUCUUCUCCGACCUGUCCCCGGGAUCGCCCUUCAUGCUGCCCCACGGCAUGCGCAUCUACAACACGCUCAUGAAGUUCAUCCGUGAGGAGUACCACAAGCGUGGCUUCGUCGAGGUCGGCUCGCCCAACAUGUUCAACUCGAAGCUCUGGGAGACCUCUGGACACUGGCAGCACUACGCCAAGGACAUGUUCACGCUCAAGGUUGAGGAGGACACCUUUGCCCUCAAGCCCAUGAACUGCCCGGGACACUGUGUCAUCUUCGACUCUCGUGACCGCUCGUACAAGGAGCUUCCCCUCCGUCUCGCCGAGUUCGGUGUCCUCCACCGUAAUGAGGCCUCGGGUGCUCUCUCCGGCAUGACCCGUGUCCGCCGCUUCGUCCAGGACGACGCGCACAUCUUCUGUACCGUCGACCAGAUCGAGGAGGAGCUUUACUCGGCCAUUGACUUCCUCGACGCCGUCUACAAGCCCUUCGGCUUCGAGUACAAGGUCGGUCUCUCGACCCGUAACCCGGAGAAGUGGAUGGGUGACCUUGCCGUCUGGGACAAGGCGGAGGCUGCGCUCAAGGGCGUUCUCGAGGCCAAGGUGCCUGGCAAGUGGCACAUCAACGAGGCGGACGCAGCGUUCUACGGCCCCAAGCUCGACUUUGACCUCACUGACGCCCUCGGCCGCAAGUGGCAGUGUGGUACGAUUCAGCUCGACUUCCAGCUCCCCGAGCGCUUCAACCUGCAGUACCGCGGUGCCGAGGCCUCCAAGGCGGACCAGGAGGUUGCCCCCGGAGAGCUGCAGCCCGGCUACCACCGCCCGGUCAUGAUCCACCGUGCGAUUCUCGGCUCUCUUGAGCGUUUCCUCGCCAUCAUCACCGAGAACUGCGCCGGCAAGUGGCCCUUCUGGCUGAACCCGCGCCAGGUCGUCGUCAUCCCCGUCGCGGCGCCGUUCAAGCAGUACUCCGAGGAGGUUGCCAAGGCGUUCAAGGACGCCGACAUCCACGCCGACGUCGACCUCACGGACAACACGCUCAACAAGAAGAUCCGUAACGCCCAGAUCGCCCAGGCGUCCAUGAUCAUCGUCGUCGGCGAGGAGGAGCAGAAGGCCCACGCCGUCAACAUCCGUAACCGUGACGCCGCCGACCCCGGACGUGGAGAGGUCAUCCCCCUCGACGUCGCCGUCAAGAAGCUCGUCGAGCUCCGCGACUCGCGCGAGCGCAUUGUCGCCCUCUAA